AUACGGGUGUGGAUGAUAAGAAGGUGUCCGCAUGUCCGUGUCGUCUCCCAUGUCUGCCUUGUUUACUUACAGCAGAGCGCAGUUUAUUGUUUUGUGGCAUGUGUUGUGUAAGCUGUUCUUGUUUGGAGUUAGAUGAACAUGUCUCGACUUGUCCUCGGAUUAUAAAUCGAAAUAAAUCGUGGAUUUGAUGUCAGCAAUUGCGCCGUCGAUAAGACAGUAAGGUGUCUGUUGCUCAGGAGAUUCAUUUUAGAUUAAAGAAAGUUCAGAAAUCGAGCAUGGAUGUGGAGAGAGAUUUCCUUAACACUCCUCCACCUAAAACUGUCCGGUUUGGGGACAGUGUCGCCAACACUUUGGCUAAACUCAAGCAGGGACACACAAGUGACUACGAGAUGAUAAAGCAUCAACUUUCAGACCCUGAUAUUAAGGACGCUCAGAUCAUCAGCUGGCUUCAGGAGUUCAGAUUGUGUGUCACGCAACUCGGCAAAGAACAUGAACAGCUCAUCUACAUGGUUCUGAGGUUGCCGUGGUGUGGGCGGAGUCCCGCUGUGGUGGAUGAAUACCUGGCCUUCCUCAGUAACCUCAUCUCGGCUCAGACGGUGUAUCUGAGGUCGUGUCUCAAAACGCUCGUCUCUAAUUUCACCCCCAGAAGAGUCCGAAUCCAGGAAGGGAACGUGGACAUAUCAGAUUCAGACGAUGAUGAUGAGAACCUGCCCAGGAUAUUCGAUCACUGUCACCAAGCCUUACAGAUGAUCGCGAGAUACGUUCCAUCCACCAGUCGGUUCCUGAUGCCGAUCCUCAGCGACAACUUUCCUUACGUACAGAAAUCCUCCAGAACCCUGGAAUGUUACGUCCAUAACCUGCUGCGGAUCACGGUGUAUGUUCCGGCUCUGAGGAGAGACGUGCUGGAGCUCAUCAUCAGCAGGAUGCUCACGCUGGAUGUCAGCGCCCCCCGCAGUGAGAUCGAGGAGAUGGAGAGUAUGAGAGAGCAGAACCACGGCGCAGGGGCCGAGGACGACUUCCUGUUCGACAUGGAUGAGGACGAGAACUGUCCACGUGACGGAGGUCCGUUGAUGUCCCACUCUGUAGCCGAGAAACUGGACACGCUGAUGUUAGUGCUGCUGGCCUACAUUAAGGACAUGAGCCACGUUGACGGUGUGUUGGAUGUGGAGAGAGUCAAAACUCUGUACAGAGAUCUGAUGUGUGUGUUCGAUAAGCUGGUGCUGCCCACACACGCAUCCUGUCACGUGCAGUUCUGCAUGUUGUACCUGUGCAGCUUUCGCCUGGGUUUAGCUGAAGCCUUCCUGGAUCACCUGUGGAAGGUGUUACAGAGUCCGUCUCAGCCCGCUGUCCUCCGCCAGGCCGCCGCCGCCUACAUGGGCAGCUUCCUCGCCAGAGCCAAGUUCAUUCCCAUAGCGACGGUAAAGGCGUGUCUAGACCUGCUGGUUCCUUGGCUUCAUCUCUACAUAGACAGUCAGGAUUCAGGUUCUAAAGCAUUCUGUGAUGUUUCUCUGCACGGGCCAUUCUACGCCUCCUGUCAGGCCGUGUUUUACACUCUCAUCUUCAGACACAAAGCCAUCCUGGAGGGCAGCAUGAAGAAAGGCUUGGCCUAUUUACAGAGUUUGAAUCUGGAGCGGAUCGUCAUGAGUCAGCUGAACCCCCUGAAAGUUUGUCUGCCAGCCGUCACCAACAUGUUUGCCGCCAUCAUGAGGAAAUAUCAGCUGGUGUUCUGCUACACCAUCAUCGAGCGGAACAACCGCAACAUGUUACCAGUAGUGAGGAGCUCAGUGGGUGGAGACUCGCUGUCCACCAACACCAAUCCUCUGGACACCUUUUUCCCCUUUGACCCAUAUUUACUAAAGAGGUCUGGUCAGUAUUUCGAGUCCAUCUAUCAGAUAUGGGAAGAGCCGAGCGACUGCAUGGCAGCUCCCAAGAAAGAAGUCACUAAAAAUUCUACAGAAGAAGAGGACGACUUCCUGCAUGGUGAAACACCGAAAGCUGACAUGGUGAUGGGGUCGUACGAGUCUCACCUCCGCAGCCCCAGCAGUGUGGGCUCUCCUCCCAUCACCUUCCUCCAGCGGCCGUUCUGACACACACACACACACACACACACACACACACACACACACAGACAGAGACUGAGAUGAUCUGCUUCCUUCACCCUUCCCAUGAAAAGAACUUUCUGUAGCAUUCUCCCACCGUACACAGAACCUCGUGGCCUCAUGAGAAAUUUCUGUACAUUUUUUUAACUUAUUAAACCACGGGCUGAACGACAAGAAUCAAGAAGUGUAAAUAAAUAAGAUUUAAUAUUAAAAAAGCACAAAUUUUGUUCCUA